AUGUCAACAAUCAAUUAUCCAACCAAUUAUACACUAGAUGGUCAAUCGAUCAAUCAUGCUUCAAUCCAUCCAUCAUCAUCGCUAACAUCACCACCAGGAACAACAAUAUCUAAUCACAAUCAAUCACCUGUCAAUCUUCAAUCAAUCAAUUCAUUGAAUAAUAAUAAUUUAUCAAAUAUUCCACCGUCUCCGAUUUCAUUAGCCUCAUCUUCGUCUUUAUCAUCGGCUUCUUUAUCGUCAAUUUCUUCAAUAACACCAACACCAACACCGACAACAACUUUCAACUUUUUCUCAAUUGAUGAUAAUGAUUUACCUGAUUUACCACAACAUACUGCACAAUUACCUCCUCAUUCUCUACCAUCAUCAUCAUCAUCCCUAAUAAUACAACACCAACCGCAUCAUUUUUAUCAACAACCUUAUCAAUACCAUCCCCAACAAAUCAUUUCGCCUGCUCCCUCGUCACCACUCUCUUCAAUAUUUGAUUAUCGUGAUUAUUCUUCAUCGUCGACUGCUGAUGAGAUUGAUAUGCCCGAGUUCUUGCAAUAUAAUAGAGAAAAAUAUGAAAAUUCAAGAUCUGGUACUAAUAGACGUAGAAGACGUCCUAGUAAUAACAACAAUAGUAUCAACAAUGGUAUUGGUGCGAAUAAUAACAUUAUCAAUAAUAAUAACAGUUAUAAUGGUAUAAAUACUAGCAAUAAUAAUGGCUUUAAUCAUAAUCAUAAUAAUAAUAAUAUUGCCAAUACACAACACUUUCAACAACAACAAUUACAAUUAAAUGAUAAUCAAUUUGAUAAUUCUUCGAUGGAUGAAGUUUACGAAAUGAUCGACGAUAAUAAUAAUAGUAUUGCUAGUAGUAAUGAUAAUAGUAUUAAUAAUAGUAGACAAGGAUCCGUUAACUCAUUAAAUGAUGAUUCUAAUAAUUUCACUUCAUUAUCGCACGCAGAAUUUAGACGUCAAAUACAUAUACAAUCUGAACAAAAAAGGCGUGCUGAAAUCAAAGAUGGAUUCGACGAACUUCGUAAACAACUUCCAAUCACCUACGCCAAUCGUAAAAUGAGUAAAGCUUUACUGUUACAAAAAGCUGUUGCACAUAUGAAGAAUAUGCAAAGAAAGGAAAAUUUUUUGUUGGAUGAAAUUAAUCGUUUAAGUCAAAGAUGUAUUUAUAUGAACGCUGAAUUGGAAAAUGAAAAAAGGAUGAAUUAUUUAUACAGACAAAAACACAAUCUUAACAAACUUUAUCAAAUUGGUUUAUAA